GGAAUGUUCUCUCAGAACAGACCGACACUAACUGACUGCAAACAUGCUGAGGUUCGUCCUGUUGAGCGCUCUGGCGUUACUGGUGCUGACUGAGGAUCUGGAGCCCAGAUACCUGGAAGAAGGAGCUGGUGAGAGAGUUGUAGGUGGUGAGGUUGCCCGACCCAACUCCUGGCCCUGGCAGAUCUCUCUCCAGUACAAGUCUGGCAGCUCUUUCUACCACACCUGUGGAGGAACUCUGAUCAGGAGGGGAUGGGUCAUGACAGCCGCCCACUGUGUGGACAGCCAGAGAACCUGGCGUGUGGUUCUUGGAGAACACAACCUGAACUCCAAUGACGGUACCGAGCAGAUCCUGAGCGUCAGCCAGGUCUACAUUAACAAUGGGUGGAACUCCAACAACGUGGCUGGAGGGUAUGACAUCGCCCUGCUGCGUCUGUCCUCCGAGGCCACCCUGAACUCAGCUGUCCAGCUGGGCACUCUGGCUUCCGCUAACUAUAUCCUGCCCAACAACAACCCCUGUUACGUCACUGGAUGGGGACGCACCUCCACCGGAGGUCCUCUGUCCAACAGCCUGAAGCAGGCUUGGCUGCCCAGCGUCGACCACCAGACCUGCUCCAGCUCUGGGUGGUGGGGAUCCACUGUCAAGACCACCAUGGUCUGUGCCGGGGGUGGAGCCAACUCUGGUUGCAAUGGAGACUCUGGUGGACCCCUGAACUGCCAAGUCAACGGUCAGUACCAAGUACAUGGGGUGACCAGCUUUGUGUCCUCUUCUGGAUGCAACGCCAACCGCAAGCCCACUGUCUUCACCCGUGUGUCUGCCUACAUCAGCUGGAUAAAUGGAAUCAUUGGUUGAAAAGCAGCAUGGUCUUUAAAUAGACAGUACUCAAGACACUGUUCUGGGUUCACUGCCAAUCCUGAUCAAUCAUAUUCAGUAUUUACUCAAACUACAAUAAAUGUUUGAUUUUGGAGUACAA